AUGCAACAUGGUGCAGCAAGUGAUCUCAGGUCUUUGUGGGCACGUGAGAGACUUAAGAAAAUGCUACAUAAGCUUAAACGGGUGAUUGGAUCCAUCACUUUAAAAGUUGGUGUACCUGUAAUGUUAUUGAGAAAUAUAGAUCAAUCUUCAGGGCUUUGUAAUGGAACAAGAUUAAUUAUCACAAGAAUUGGAAAUUGGGUUAUCGAGGCGAAAGUCUUAUCAGGACAUAUGAUUGGACAAAAGGUUUUCAUACCAAGAAUGUCACUGACUCCGCCUGAUUUAAGAAUACCCUUUAAGUUUCAAAGAAGACAGUUUCCAUUAGUUGUAUCAUUUGCCAUGACGAUCAAUAAGAGCCAAGGACAAUUUUUAUCUCAUGUUUGGCUAUAUUUGAAGAAAUCAAUGUUCACACAUGGCCAGCUAUAUGUCGCACUAUCACGGGUGACACUAAGACAAGGAUUAAAGAUUUUGACAUAUGAUGAUGAAGGAGAAGUUUCAAAUGAAGAAACAAAUGUAGUGUUUAAAGAAGUUUAUCGUAAUUUGAGUGUAAAUUAA